AUGGAUUACAAGGCGGCAUUGGUGAACGGAAUCGAUUCAAACUCCAAAGGCAAUUCAGAUGCGGUGACCAGCUAUAUCCAUACUGCGCCAGUCACACUUCAACGAAAACCUUUUCUCCAGCCGGAGGGGGAUGUGAGGCUCUCUCAUACUGGGACACCGAGAGCCAACAUAGCCGCAACAUAUGACCAGCCAGAGGGCUCACAAGCUGGUAACUGGGCGAAGGAACAUCAAAACCAGACUGUCCUGCAACAACACUGUGAUUACUUUGAUCAGGAUAAAGAUGGAAUCAUUUGGCCUCUAGACACCUUCAGAGGCCUCUACGCCCUGGGCUUUAAUUCUCUAUUCUGCAUUCUCUCCGUAUUCGUCGUUCACUUCGCCUUUUCCUACCCGACGGUCCCAGGCCACCUCCCCGAUCCCCUUUUCCGCAUAUACCUGAAAAACAUCCACAAGGAUAAACAUGGAAGUGAUAGCGGAACAUAUGAUAAUGAAGGGCGCUUCGUGCCUCAGAAAUUCGAGGAUAUAUUCUCCAAAUACGCCGACGACAAGGAUUAUAUCACUGCACGAGAUGUGUUGAACAUGCUCAAGGGACAGAGACUACUGGCAGAUCCAUUUGGCUGGAUGGGCACAAUGACUGAAUGGCUUACAACCUACAUUCUUCUCUGGCCCGAAGAUGGGCGCAUGAUGAAGGAAGAUAUCCGGAAGCUUUACGACGGCAGUCUCUUUGAAGAGAUUGCAAAGGAGAGGAAACACUCGAGCAAAUGA